UGAUGAUCUCUUCAGAUUGGGAGAUUAUCCAUACGUGAAUGAUUACCCUGUGAUGAUUGAUUCCCAAUAGUACGUCCCACAAAUUGCUUCAUUGGUGGAAUCUCAUGUCAAAUAGAAAUUCGUAAGACUUGUUAUCUAUUACAGCAAAAUGCAACAUUUACUGCUGGUGAGUACAAUAAUGGCGAUGUCUGGGCAGCAACUUGGGAAGAGCUUGGAGUCAACAAUUUCAAAGUCUUGGUUCCAAAUCUUUUAUUGAGACUCUCUGAAAGUAUUCCCAAUCAAAUGAUAUCAUUUUAGCCAUCGUUGUCAAAGAAUCAAAAUGGACAUGGACUAAAGAAUAGAGAUACAGAUUACACGUGACUCAAACUGUACUUGGACCAUAAAAUUAUACUCAAAUGCCUACUUACUAUUUCAUUAAUGAUUACAACUCUGUUCUUUGGAUGCUAGCAAGGUAAUCCAACAAUUGGACCUCUCCAGCAAUCAGAGGAGUCCAAACCCCAUUAGAGAAAUAAUUGGCCUAAGAUUUAUAACCAAAACCCAAGAUUCAAUCAUUAUUCAGAGACAGACCUGAAAAUAAUACAUUCUUAAACAGGUUGCUAAAAGCAGUUCAUCAAUGAAUAUCAAUAAAAUAAAGCAUAUUACAGCAUC